UAUAUUUUAUUUAUUAGUAAACUUUACAUAUUUUUCUGAAAUGGCGAGGUUAUGAUUUGAGGAAUUUUUAGGUUAUAAUAUAAUAAACAUGAUUUCCUCUCGGCUUUUUUUAAAUCUUAAUCUAUGUCGCAGUUGUUUAUGCGGGUUAAGAAAACUUGCAAAUGGAAAUGGAUUAUAUAGCAGUAACAAAAAUACUUUUGAUCAAACAUCUCUUGGAGAUAUGGGUUCCAAGUAUCAAGUAUUUAAAGAUCAGGAUGCCGAGGUAAUACUUGAUGUAUAUGAAGAAAGACUAAAAUAUUCAUUACUACGGGAAGAAGAGGAAGAUCAUUAUGUAGAUCCAUUUGAGGGUUUAAAUCUUGAAAGAGGGACAACAGGGGUUUAUGAAAUAGAGGAUUUGGUAGAAGUAUUGAAAAGAGAGAAUUCUGAAAAUAUAUUUGUAGCAAAGGUGCCUGAAAAUAUAAAAUAUGUUGAUUUUAUUUGUGUUGUGACUGGAAAGUCACAAAAACACAUGAAGGCUAUAGCACAGUUUGUUAGAAGAGUUUUCAAACAUAAAAGACACAAAAGUGAUAUUGUGCCUCGCCUAGAAGGAGAAAAUUCCAAGGAUUGGAUGGCAUUAGAUUUAGGAAAUAUUGCCCUUCAUAUAUUUUCACGAAAAGCAAGAGACAUUUACGACUUGGAUUCCCUUUGGGCAGUUGGACCACAGUUUGACAAUGAAUAUAACAAGAAAGAUCCAGUCGCUGAAAUGUUAGAGAAACACUCUAUAUAUUUAAGUGAUUUAGAACCUGCCAAUUAAAUAUCUGUAUAUAUGUUUAUUUUUCGAAUAAAUCAUUAAAUAAACUUG